AUUUUGGAAAGAUCUGAAGAGUUUUGGAGGGAAAGUAAUAGAUCUGAUCACGCAUUUUGUUAAUAUAUAGAAGGAAAGGGGUAACGUUUAAGUUGACCUAGGUGAGAAAGAGAAGAAACAAAAAUGGAAGGGGAUGCGAGGGAUUUGUGUUUGUCUUUGGAGUACCUUCUUAGAGAUUCUUCUGUAGAUACUAAUUUUCUUAACCAACUCAUCUCUACAAUGUCACCUUCCCUCAUCGAUUUUCGUAUGAUGAAGAACUUUAUCCUUCGAAACCUUCAAGACGACUUCUUGUCCAAUGCUUCUAAUCCUGAACACUUGCUUGAAAUUCUUGAGGUUCUAGAAGAAAUCCUUCGUCGUGAAUCUGAAUCUGAAACUUCUUCAAACCCUAUCACCCCCGCCAUGAAAUCUGUUUAUUGCGGCGUUGCAGUGGAUUGUACACUCAGGUUCAUUGAAGCGGAUAAAUAUAACCCUGCCUACCGCAAAACAGUAGAGAGGAUAUGGAGAGAUAGGGUUCGUUACAUGGAAACGUCGUCGUCUUCUGCUGGUGGAAGUCUUUUGUUUUCACCUGAUUUGGAACGCUGGAAAGCUGAAAUCGAAACUUCCCUUUUGGAUCCCUUAGUCGUUGAAAAGCUUGCUACUAUGCCAAAUACUCGAAGGGACGCUUUCAAAAAGAUCAAACUUUGUUUGACUGAAGCUUGGGGAAACCUUGGUCCUACUUUGCUUCAAACCACCUUUCAGUUGCAUAACAAGGAACUACAACAACACAAAGGGUCUUCUGUAGAAGUUCAGAAAAACAAUGAGAAGCUGAAAGGGAAGCGUAUUAUGACUGCAGUUGAGGAAAUUGAUCUAUCAGCCUCUUGUAGCAAAGCUAGCUAUGUGCUAAUUAAUGAGGGUCCAAAUACUACUGCAGCUGAGGAAAUUGAUCCACCACCCGCUUGUAGCAAAGUUAACUAUGUGCUAAUUAACGAGGUCCGAAAUACUACUGCAGCUCAGGAAAUUGAUCCACCACCCACUUGUAGCAAUGUUAACUAUGUGCUAAUUGAUCCAUCAGCCACUUGUAGCAAAGUUAACUAUGCUCUAAUUAACAUGGUACCACCUGAUUUCGCAAUUGAGGACAUGAAUCAGGAGCCACAAACAGAAAACCAGAGGUCAGAAGCAAAUGUAGCCAACCCACAAGCAUGCCAUGGUAUUAAUAUGAGUGAGGCUAAUCUUACAAGGACAACUACUGUCCAUCAGAAUGAUGUUUAUAACUCUAGCAUGUUGGAACCAAAUCGUGCUACUCGUACUCAUGAGGGAGGAACAUCAAAUAAAAGAAGUAGAAACAAUUUGCCUAAUCGGGAGAGGAGGAAUCCUCCUUCGGUGAAGAACUUUGAUCCCACAAAAAUCAGAAAAAGGAGAAAACCAAAAAGAUGGAGUAAAUCAGAGGUAGAAACUUUAAGGGCUGCUGUAACAAAACAUGGCAUAGGAAACUGGAAAGUAAUCUUGAAUUUGUAUACAUUCGGAACGAGAACUGAAGUAGAUUUGAAAGACAAGUGGAGAAAUUUGUCAAAGAUCGUACGCAAAUAAAUCAGUUGCACAUACGAAUCAUAUUUUUUUGUCUUUGUGCAGGUAGCUUUUCAUUGUAAUUAUAUUUAGUAUCAAAAUACAAUCCAAAUAUUUUUCACCAACUAGAUUAUAUUAUUCAACAAUGUAUACUCUUUCUUUAUUAUGCCAUCCUUUAUUAUUCCUUGUAACUUCUGUCUUCGAGGUUCAAAACUUUAGCAACUAGUUUUAGCUUCUCUCUA